AUGGUCGACAUGAAUUAUCUUUAUGGCACCCCAGGUAUCCAUCUAGUCCCAUACCCAGCUCAAUUCGCCGUACCUUUAUUCCCAGAAGAAAUCAAACAAAAUUGUCUUAAGGAUCUCAAGGAACGCUAUGAUAAGGAACCAGAAGGUAUACCCGAGAACUUUGACGACUGGGUUUUGAAGCAUUUUGGACCCACUAUCUUGGAAGUAUUUUUCAAACCCUACACCAAGAAGGUUUGGACUGUUGAACCAACAAAAAUGUCUCCAAAUUGGGUAGGAACACGUGUAGCUAAGCUACCACAGGAGAAGCUAGAAGAACUUUGCGCUAUGAAUCAAGAGGAACUAGCUACCGCUGAUUUCGGCUGGGGACCAAACUCGUGUUUCACAUUCCCUAAAUAUGGAGGAACUGGAAACGUAUGGAAUUCGAUGGCAAAAAAACUGCCUGAAAACUGGUUCAGAUUCAACAGCGAGGUUGUUGGAAUUGAUCCUGGUGCGAAAUGUGUACGAUACGUAAACAAAAAAUCGAACGAGGUGAAAGAGCUCGAAUACGACAUUCUCCUCAAUGCUGCGCCAAUCGACUUGUUGGUUAAAGAAACGAAAAUUUGCCCAGAAAUCAAUGUUGAUCAUAAUAAGGUAUUCAUCGUUGGUGUAGGUCUCGAAAAGCCGAUGACAGAAUUUGUGGAGAAAUUCACGUGGCUUUAUUUCCCUGAUCCCAAUGUACCAUUCUUCCGAGUAACAAUUCUUAGCAGAUAUGGAGAGGUGACACCGGAUAGCAACAAGUACUGGUCGGUCAUGUGCGAAUGCGCACGACCGAUUGAUGAUCCGAUAACUGAGGAAGAAGUGGUGAAGCAAGCAAUUGAUGGUCUCGUUAUCAAAAGCAUGAUCCAACGAGAUAAAAUUGUCUCGGUCUACUCUACAACCCUAGAAUACGGAUAUCCCAUUCCCACACCUGCUCGAGAUCCUGAAUUGGCACGAGCUCAUCGUGAGCUUGAAAAACACUCUAUCUAUUCCAGAGGACGUUUUGGAGGCUGGAAGUAUGAGGUUUCCAAUCAAGUAAGUUUACUCUCUAUCCCUAAUCUCCAUUCUUAUAGUUACGAUGCUUGCGUGCAUGAAAACUUUGAAUAUAUUCCUCUUUUUUUUUGAAA